GAGCAUCUCUGAAUUACUGGAGAACACGAAAAUGUAUCAGCAAGCCAUCAGAGAUUCCUCUUAAAAGUCCAGCUUCCACAGGAUUACAUGAAAGAGCUCCCCUAGGGCUAAUGGAUACACCGUUACUAGAUACAGAAGAGGAAGUGAAUUACUGUUUUUUGCCACUAGAUUUGGUGGAAAAAUAUCCUGUACUAGUUAAUGAUGACAAUUUGCUGUGGCUCCUUGAGAAUGCAGCUCUGAUUGAGUGUGACUGCAGUGAAUUCCGCUUCAUAGUUAAUUUUCUUCGCUCAGAGGAGAUUUUGUUGCCUGAUGAUUUCUCCAACAUAGAUGUUUUGGAGGAAGAAGUUGUAAUUUUGGGAAUACCUAAGCUUGCAGAUGCUGUGAAGAUCUACAGAGGCAACUGUUCUGUGUUGUCCUCUAACCUUGAAGAGUCUGCAGAGGGCUCAGGAAACAAACUGCAGGUGACUGAGGUACCUGUGCGAGCCCCACUGUAUGUCAUGGCACUUGGUCUUCUGGUCAAAUAUCCAGAUUCAGCACUGGGACAGCUCUCCGUUGGAAGUAAUUUAGACAGAAACAAGCUGUACAUCUCUGGGAAUGGAGUCCUCUUUCAGCACGUCAAGAACUGGUUGGGAACUUGCAGACUCCCUCUUACUGAAAAUAAAUCUGAAAUCCAAGAACUCUGUGCUUAUUUGGACAAAAGGGACGUUACGUAUGAGCCGAUGAAAGACGCUUUAAAAUGCUUUCUGAAACAACAGGUGUCAGCAGAGAGCAGAGAUUACA